UUGGUAACACAAACACACACCCAUGCAGAGGGGAGGGAAGACCAGAGGGUGUGUUAUCCUGACACAUGUGGGUAGUAAAGGAAAGAAAGCGAAAGAAUGAGAGCGAGGGAUGAAGAAGGACAAAAAUAUCCAGGAAUCUGGCUCUAUAAUUGGCCGAGUCUGUCAGGACCCUGGUUUUUGAUGUGAGGUUGCGCGCCCAGCCACCUCAUCCCCACUGAAACCUUAUCCUCUGAACACAGGUUCCACCCCUCCCACACCCCUGCAUAGUGACACAGCUGUCUGCCUGACACACACACACACACACACACGUCUGUGGAUUACUCUCCCUCUCUCAGUGUGUGUUUGAGGGAUUUCAACACCUGUCCAGGUUCAGCAUCAGAAGAUGAGGACGCAUGGAAGUUGAAGAGUGUGUUUGUGAGUGUGUAAGAGUGUGUGCGAACAGGUGAGGCCUGGAGAAGGUUUUCCAUUGAUUCAGCAUUGAUCACACAGGCAGGAGAUUUUGACGCUCAAAACAUCUAAUUAAGGUGAUUCAAGCUGAGAAAGACAUGAAGACACGAAUUUGGUGCAGGAUCUCACUGAUCCUGACUGUUCUGACCUUGACCUUGUUCAGUGAUGGUGCCGAGGGUCAGAGGGCUGGUUGUAAGAAUGUCAACUAUGACCUGGUGUUUAUCCUCGACACCUCAUCCAGUGUUGGCAAGGACAAUUUUGAGAAGAUCCGGCAGUGGGUUGCCAAUCUGGUGGAGUCAUUUGACGUGGGCGAGGAUAAGACUCGAGUGGCAGUGGUGCGCUACAGUGACCGGCCCACUACCGAGUUUAACUUGGCCCGUUACAAAACCCUUGACGAGGUCAAAAUGGCAGCCAGGAACAUCCGCUACCUGGGGGGCAACACCAAAACCGGAGACGCUAUCAGCUACACCACCAAUAACAUCUUUACAGUCCCGGCAGGAGCCCGACCUGCUGCCAAGGGCAUCCAGAAAGUGGCCAUUUUGCUAACAGACGGUCGGAGUCAGGAUUACGUUCUGGAGCCGUCUGUUGCUGCAGCCAAGGCUGGGAUCAGAAUGUUUGCAGUGGGAAUCGGUGAGGCACUGAAGGAUGAGCUGGAGGAGAUCGCGGCUGAGCCAAAAAACGCCCACGUCUUCCACGUGACGGAUUUUGAUGCCAUUGACAGAAUCCGAGGAAGGCUGAGGAGGAGACUCUGUGAGAAUGUGCUGUGUCCAAAUAUGAAGGUGCAAGCAGAACGCUUCAAGCCCAACAGCUCCAGCGCAGGACUCCAGGAGGUUCCAGGUUUUGACCUGAUGGAGUACUUUAAUGUGAGAGAUGUUCUGGGAGAGAAGUCUGAUCCAGGACAGAGCUCAUAUGUGAGAUUAGGGACGAUGCCCAUCGUGCAGCAGACUGAAAACGUGUUCCCACAAGGUCUUCCAGAUGAAUAUGCUUUCGUCACCACCUUCAAAUUCAGAAAGACUUCGAGGAGGGAGGACUGGUACCUGUGGCAGGUCUAUGAUAAGUACGGCAUCCCUCAGGUCUCUAUCCGUCUGGAUGGAGAGAAUAAAGCGGUGGAGUACAACGCCGUGGGUCUGACCAGAGACGCGGUCCGAGCCGUGUUCCGCAGCCCUGAAGUGGAAAACCUCUUCGACAGGAACUGGCACAAGAUCGGCCUGAGCGUUCACGCCAAAUCCGUCUCGCUCUACCUGGAUUGCAAACACAUCCAGACUCUUCAGAUCGAAGAGCGAGAGGACAUCGACAUCCAGGGCAAAACCGUCAUCGGCAAGAGACUGUACGACAGCGUCCCCAUCGACUUCGACCUUCAGAGGAUGGUCAUCUACUGUGACUCCAAGCAGGCAGAGCAGGAGACAUGCUGUGACCUGCCUGGAGGCCCUUGCCCUAAGCAGGUGGUGACUGAACCUACCCCUGUUUUAAUUCCCACCCCGACUCCUACCAGUGGAGAACAGAAGAGUGGAGAACACACAGUCAACUGUUCCUGCACCGAUGGGCAGAGGGGUGAGACAGGUCUGCCUGGUGCUCAAGGCCCUAAGGGUGAAAAGGGGGAUCUCGGUCUUCAGGGCAAUCCAGGACCACACGGACCCAAAGGGGAGAAAGGAGAACCUGUCAAGGCGCUUUCUAUCAAAGGAGAUAGAGGCGAAAAGGGGGACAGCGGAGAUCAAGGUCACCCAGGGGUCAAAGGCGACAAGGGGGAGAGGGGUUCUGAAGGCUCUACGGGACAAACUGGCAAACAGGGAAACAAAGGAGACAAGGUGAACGGAAUUAAUGGACCUCCAGGUUUACCUGGGAAACUUGGACUACAGGGUAUCCAAGGAGACAUAGGAAAUCCUGGAGCACCAGGUCCCAAAGGUGUUUCUGGUGACCCUGGUAAAAAAGGAGAAAAGGGGACAACAGGAGAGAGGGGUCUGCAGGGUUUAGACGGCUUUCCUGGGAAACCCGGAGCUCCAGGAAAAGAAGGGGCAAACGGACUGGUUGGUGCACCUGGACCACACGGGGUUAAAGGAGAAAAGGGUGAGAGAGGUCCUGCUGGAAUACCUGGAGAUGCGGUGCAAAUGGCAGGACUGAAGGGAGAAUCUGGCUUCCCAGGACCACCCGGUCCUCCUGGACCUGAAGGACCUCCUGGACCUCCUGGUUCACCUGGUCCAGUGGGAGAGCAGGGAAUCCCAGGAGAAUCCGGACAAAAGGGAAAAAGAGGUGAAUCAGGACUUCCUGGAGUUGAUGGUCUUCCUGGACCACCGGGUCCCGCAGGCCCCCAGGGACCUCCUGGGGGUUCAGGUCAGAUCGGUUUGCCUGGAUUACCAGGAGAAAUCGGAUUCCCCGGAAAACACGGAGAAGCCGGAAAACCGGGUCUGCCAGGGAAGGACGGUGUCGAUGGUCAGCCAGGAAAUGAUGGAGAGAAAGGACCCAGAGGUGAACCAGGGCUGGAUGGCCUUCCUGGAAAACCUGGACUGAAGGGUGAUGAAGGACCUCCAGGACCCAGAGGACCUCCAGGAGAAAGGGGUGAGACGGGUCUCCCUGGUGAAGUUGGUGUGAUGGGACCGAGAGGAGAGAAAGGAGUGCAGGGUGAACGAGGACAAGACGGUGAUUUCGGGCUUAAAGGCGAGAAAGGUGACAAGGGUGAAGUUGGACCCAGAGGGCUUCCAGGAACCCCAGGAGAUGUUGCCAGUGUGAUUCCUGAGCCUGGAGAACCAGGGAAACCUGGAGAGAAAGGUGAAAAAGGAGAACAGGGAAAACAAGGAGAAGUGGGUGCGAGAGGACUUCCUGGAGAACAAGGCUUCCGAGGACACCCUGGACCUACGGGAGAGAAAGGAGACACGGGGUCCAAAGGAGAUGCAGGUGCUCACGGACAACCGGGGUCCCCUGGGUUGCCUGGCCCUCAGGGGCAGCGAGGACUACCUGGCAACGUGGGAAUUCCAGGUAGUAUCGGACCCCCGGGAUUAGCAGGACAUAAAGGGGAAAAGGGAGAUCCUGGUAAAGAGGGUCAUGCAGGCCCCCCUGGUCUGCCCGGAGAGCCUGGAUUAAGGGGUGAAGCAGGACCACCAGGGAAAGGCAAAGAAGGAGCAAAAGGAGAUGCAGGACCACAAGGAACGCCUGGAACCCCGGGACUGAAGGGCCCACCUGGAAAUCCAGGAAUGCGGGGGAUGCCAGGAGACAGAGGCCCUAUUGGAGAGGGAACCACGGGACCAGCUGGACCACCAGGCCCUCCUGGACAACAAGGAGCAGUGGGGUCAAGAGGACCACCAGGGGUACCAGGACCUCAAGGACCUUCUGGACACAAUGGUUUACCAGGAAGACCUGGAGAGAAAGGAGCUCAGGGAGAGCCGGGCAAAGCUGCAGAUCUGUCUCAGCUGGACCUGAAGGGUGUUUGUUCAGACUGUCCAGCUGGACCUGCUGGACCACCAGGAAUCCCAGGAGUUCCAGGAGAAAAAGGGCCUUUUGGACCGCCAGGGAAAAACGGACAGGAUGGAUAUCAGGGUGUUUCUGGACCCAUCGGACCCCCAGGACCCCCUGGAGCUGAGGGAAGCAAGGGUGUGAAAGGAGACCGAGGCUCCCCGGGAGGUGCUGGAGAUAAAGGUGAAAAGGGACCCCCGGGACCUCCUGGUUAUCCAGGUGCAGCUGGAGCAGCCGGUCAGCCUGGUAAUGACGGAAACCCGGGACCCUCUGGUCCUCCUGGAGCUCCUGGAGAAAAGGGUAAAGAAGGACUGAGAGGAAUCCAGGGUCCUCCAGGUCUGCCAGGUUUAAUAGGAAUUAUGGGUAAACCAGGGAAAGAUGGACACCCAGGAGAAGCAGGAGAGCCGGGUAAACAGGGGGAACCUGGAGCUCCAGGAAGAGACGGACUGCGAGGACUUCCUGGGUUUAAAGGCCACAGGGGAGAGUCUGGGGAACCGGGAUCAAAGGGUGAAGAAGGGAAACAGGGUCCACCAGGACGUGAGGGUUCACCUGGGAAAGAUGGCAUCAUGGGACCUCCUGGGCUUGAAGGUCACCGAGGACAGAGUGGACAACCAGGGAAACCUGGAGAACCUGGACCACAAGGCAAAUCAGGACCACCUGGAAAUCCAGGUCUUCCAGGAGGGAAGGGCGAGCAAGGAAACCCGGGAAUGCCCGGAUUCACAGGUCCAAAAGGACCUCGGUGAGGUCCACCUGGUCCCAUCGGUCCUGAGGGGAAACAAGGCAUUCCGGGUAAACAGGGAGACCGAGGCUUCAAGGGAGAGAAGGGUGACAAUGGCAUAAAAGGUGACAAAGGUCCCACUGGAGAGCCAGGUAUGCCUGGAAACCCAGGAGCUCCAGGAAGAAAGGGUCACACAGGCAUGAUGGGAAUGUCUGGACCUCCAGGAGAGAUGGGAUCCCCUGGAACCCAAGGACCUCCAGGUCAGCCUGGUCUUCCAGGACAAAGGGGAGAAACUCCAUCUCUGGAAUCCAUACAGCGUUUAAUUCAAGAGGAACUUGCCAAAGAACUCCAAGCCAAGAUGGCCUACCUCAUGUCCCAGAUUCAGCCCACACACAUUAAGAGCUCAGCUGGGCGUCCUGGUCCACCUGGAUCUCCAGGAAAAGAAGGGCAACCUGGACGACAAGGUCCACCUGGAGAGCCUGGUAUGCCUGGACAAAAUGGAGCAGAGGGACCCCGUGGUCCAGCAGGACCUAAAGGUGAACGAGGUUCCAGAGGGGAAAAUGGUGAAAAUGGUGUUGGGCAGCGAGGAGAACCUGGUCCACCUGGCCCCAUUGGUCCAGCAGGAAUUCCUGGAGAGGGUAAAGACGGUCUUCCAGGAGCAACCGGUGCUCAGGGGGAGCCUGGACAUCCAGGUCCUCAUGGCCAACCUGGUCCACCAGGACCCCAGGGCCAGUGCGACCCCUCUCAGUGUGCCUACUAUGCCAGCCUGGCGUCACGACCUCACACGAAAAACGUCAAGGGAACCUAAACCUGCCUCCUGGACCUGGGCCUAUUUAUGAACUUAUGGCAACCUAAAGCUUUUCCUUACAAGGUCCGGGGAGCUUCGGUUGGGCCGAGGGAGAUGAGACCACGAUUUAGCGAGUGUGUUAUUUGGGAGAUGUGUGUGUCCUGCCGGUCAGAUAUUAUGGGUAAUUUGUUCAGUGGGUGGGAACGGGAAGGGGUUUGUAUAAGCUGGUACUGUAAGCAACAGGAGGUAAAUAAUUCAAAAUGCAGCUGAUUAUUAUUUUUCCGUCAGGGAAUUUCACUCAGUUCAGAUGAAUUGUCUUGUGAUUUCUUUUUCUUUUCUAUGCAACCUGCAGAGUCCGGUUUAUUCCUCUAUGUUGCAGAUAUCAGACAGAGAGACUGAUGGUAAAAAAUUCGCCUCAAGUCUAUAAUCAAUGUUCGCAGAAUUUUUGUUUAGAACAUCUUGUUUUGGAGUGUGUGCGGAAUUAUCGAGCUAGCUGAUGUAUCUUCUGGAGUGGUAUCGAUUUAGUUGUGUGACAGAAGAUAAAUAAAUAAAUAAAAUAUUAUGUUCACACGUUGAUGCUA